AUGCUGGUGAAGAAGCAAGCAGGGAAAGGCGGGGGGCGGGAGCCGGGCUCAGAGGACCGGAGCCCAGCCGGGCAGCGUUGUGUCCGCCCCGUGUCGCCGUGCGCGGCCCUGGCGACCCUCCUGUCGGUGGUGGCCGUGAUGUCUUGUGUGUACCUGGGGGUGAAAACCAACGACCUCCAGGCGAGGAUCGCUGCCCUCGAGUCUGCCAAAGGAGACCCUUCCAUCCGUGUGCUGCCUGAUUGUGUGGAUCAGCUCAAAGCAAUGGUGCAAGAGAAAGUGGAGCGACUUCUGGCUCAGAAGUCCUAUGAACAUAUGGCUAAAAUAAGAAUCGCGAGAGAAGCACCUUCAGAAUGCAAUUGCCCGGCAGGUCCUCCAGGGAAACGAGGUAAGAGGGGCCGAAGAGGAGAAUCUGGUCCUCCUGGUCAGCCUGGUCCUCAGGGUCCUCCUGGUCCAAAAGGUGAUAAGGGAGAACAGGGUGAUCAGGGACCUCGGGGUCUGCCAGGCUUCCCCACAGUUGCUGCUCUGCACAGUAAUCAGAUCCUCACCGUCAAGGGUGACCAAGGUCAGGCUGGGCCGCCAGGCCCUCCAGGCCCACCGGGCCCAAGAGGGCCACCUGGGGACACAGGGAAGGAUGGCCCCCGCGGAAUGCCAGGCGUGCCCGGUGAACCAGGGAAACCAGGAGAACAAGGCUUGUUGGGUCCUCUGGGACCUCCAGGACAAAAGGGUUCUGUUGGAGUACCUGGAAUUCCAGGGAUGAAUGGACAAAAGGGUGAACCCGGGUUGCCUGGAGCAGUAGGACAGAAUGGAAUACCAGGGCUAAAGGGAGAUGCUGGAGAGAAUGGCCCCAAAGGUGACACAGGCGAAAAGGGUGACCCCGGAUCGUCUGCUGCAGGAAUUAAGGGAGAACCCGGAGAAUCUGGUCGUCCAGGGCAAAAGGGAGAACCAGGUUUCAUUGGUCCUCAAGGAGAACCAGGCUUACCAGGAUUACCAGGAACAAAGGGCGAACGUGGGGAGGCAGGGCCUCCUGGACGAGGGGAACGAGGGGAGCCCGGAGCCCCGGGACCAAAGGGGAAGCAAGGUGAAUCAGGAACUAGAGGCCCAAAAGGGUCAAAGGGCGAUCGUGGAGACAAGGGGGACUCUGGAACCCUGGGACCAAGGGGUCCACCUGGUCAAAAGGGAGAUCCAGGAGCCACCGAGAUCAUAGACUACAAUGGCAACCUCCACGAAGCCUUGCAGAGGAUUACCACCUUAACAGUCACGGGUCCCCCUGGACCACCUGGACCUCAAGGACUACAAGGGCCAAAGGGAGAGCCAGGAUCUCCAGGAGUCCCAGGAGUUGAUGGAGAGCAGGGACUCAAAGGCUCAAAGGGAGACAUGGGGGACCCAGGUAUGCCAGGUGAAAAAGGAGGAAUUGGACUUCCUGGACUACCGGGUGCCAAUGGAAUGAAAGGAGAAAAAGGAGACUCGGGAUUGCCAGGCCCACAGGGCCCUUCCGUCAUAGGCCCACCAGGCCCACCAGGUCCCCACGGCCCACCAGGCCCCAUGGGACCCCAUGGACUUCCUGGACCAAAGGGAGCAUCUGGCUUAGACGGAAAGCCAGGAUCCCGGGGUACAGAUGGCCCUAUGGGACCCCAUGGCCCUGCAGGUCCCAAAGGAGAAAGAGGUGAAAAAGGAGCUACGGGAGAGCCGGGACCCCGAGGGCCGUACGGUCUGCCCGGUUUCCCUGGUCCACGAGGCGAGAAGGGUGACCUGGGAGAAAAGGGGGAAAAGGGAUUCCGUGGCGUUAAGGGGGAAAAAGGGGAGCCAGGCCAGCCUGGCCUGGAUGGGCUGGAUGCCCCUUGCCAAUUGGGGCCAGAUGGAUUACCCAUGCCUGGCUGUUGGCAAAAGGGGGUUACACCAUGGCUUAUUGCCAAAAAGUGA